ACAUAAUUUUUUCUAUAUUUAACCAUAAGUGUACAUUAAGUAUAAGAGGUUAUAUAAAAUUGAGAGGUCAUGAUCUACUUUACUCCUAUGGAUCCGCCUCUGUAGAUAUAGAAUAUAUUGGAAUUUUUUAGAAAUAUAAAGAAGGAACGAUCAAAAUCGACUAACAUUUCUCGAGCAAAUUCAACCUCUUGCAAGUUGCACCACAAAUCUGUCAGAUUACCUCUCGUCCGCGUCAAAAAAAGGGAGGAAAAAGGGCAAAAGAAUCUGACCGAAACCAAAGUUGCUAAUAACUUGGGACGUCGUUUCCCGGCGUGCACAGCACCGCUCGAUCGAGCAAACACAAACCCUUGGUGGAGUCCUCUCCGCCGCCGCGCGCUAACAACCUACGUACGCUAUCGCCGCCCGCUCGCCUCGACGGGAUUGGUCCGGCCGUUGGCCCGUCCCCCCCACCACGCUCGCUCCAUUGGCAGGCGAGACCGUCCAUCCUCCGACCCCACCCGUCGGCCGCCGGGAUGGCGGCUUCGGGCGGGGAUGCGCCGGAACUCGCCGGUGUUCCUCCUUGCCCCAUUUCUUCUGCCAGGAUGGCGCUGAGUGGGGAUCUGUUCAGAUCUGCCGUGAUAACAAAUGCUUGUAAUGCUGCAAGCGCACCUGAAGAAAAUAGGCUUGCUGAUGACAGCAACACCAUUUCAGAAAAUGCCCAGGAAUCAUUGAGCUCUUUGCCAGAACAAGAGUCAAAUGAUGCUAGUGUUAACACAGAAAAGAAAGAACCUGGCAUUUCAAAAUGCAAAUCAGUGGACGAAAUACCAAAAACAGUGGCUGUAAAGAGGUGCAAGAACAUUGAUUCAAAGAAAGUCUCCUCAAAUAACAAUAAUAAUCCAAGCUUUACUGGCAGUCUGGUUCUGAAAAAACAGCCAGCGAAGGGAGGCCAUCUUUUUCAAUUAUGUGAAAAUGGAAUGUCUCAAGACACAAAGACUCCUAGCACAAGGAUAUGCAUAAAUUCAGCAUGCAAAGCUGUCUUCAAUUCAGACAAUGCAUUUUGUAAGAGGUGUUCAUGUUGUAUUUGCCAUGGUUUUGAUGAUAACAAAGAUCCUAGCCUUUGGUUGGUAUGCUCAUCAGAGAUUGGUGAUCAGGAUUGUUGUGGAUCAUCCUGCCACAUUGAGUGCGCACUCAAGCACCGAAAGACUGGAUGCAUAGAACUUGGACAAUCUAUACAGCUUGAUGGUAACUACUGCUGUGCUGCAUGUGGCAAGGUUAUUGGAAUACUUGGGUUCUGGAAGAGGCAGCUGGUAGUUGCUAAAGAUGCUCGUAGAGUUGAUAAUCUCUGUUCCCGCAUAUAUCUGAGUCAUAGACUUUUGGAUGGCACAACUCGUUUUAAAGAGUUGCAUCGGAUCGUAGAGGAUGCAAAAGCAAAGUUGGAAAGUGAAGUUGGCCCCCUUGAUGGUACAUCAUCCAAGAUGGCUCGUGGUAUUGUAGGCCGGCUGCAUGUUGCUGCUGAUGUGCAGAAACUUUGCACUUUAGCAAUUGAAAAGGCUAAUGAGUGGCUUAGCUCAAACAUUCAAUCUGAAACAAAACAAAAUGAUACACUUCCUUCUGCCUGCAGGUUUAAAUUUGAAGAUAUUACAGCUUCAUCUUUGGUGUUGGUUCUCAAGGAAGCUGUUUCCUCACAGUAUCAUGCUAUCAAAGGCUAUAAACUCUGGUACUGGAAUAGCAGAGAAGCACCUUUCACAGGAGAGCCUGCUGUUUUCCCCAAAGACCAAAGAAGGAUUCUUAUAUCCAAUCUGCAGCCCUGCACAGAAUAUUCGUUCCGUAUUAUUUCAUUUACUGAGGAUGGUGAACUGGGCCAUUCUGAAUCAAAAGUAUUUACCAAGAGUGUGGAAAUUAUUCGUAAGAACACAGAGCUCGGAGCAGAAGGUUGCUCAUCUUCUGCCAAGGGAGCUGGUAAGAGACAAAAUGUUAGGUCAUUAGGCUUCCAAGUGCGCCAGCUGGGUAAUGUCUUCCGAAAAGCACAGACUGAGGAGAAUGGUUACCCCAGCGCACUGUGUAAAGAUGAGAUUGAAGAUUCAUGCGAUCAGAGUGAUUCUGUGAUUCCAGUCAAGGACCAAAUUCCACGUGGUGCCUCCCGUAAGCUCGAUCUCAAUGAGACCUCAGUCCCAGACCUAAAUGCAGAAGUAGUCAUGCCAACAGAGUGCUGCCAGAAUGACAACGGCUGUAGUUCUGGAAAGAAUGCAUUCACAAAAUCGAAUGGUUGUGGUGACUCCGAAACUUGUGCGGAGGGGCAUGUAGGGGAUGCACCGGCCAUGGAAUCCUUGUCUCAAAGUCGCAAGCAGGCAUCAGAUUUGGAGCAGGAGACUUGUGUUGAUGACAGCAAUUUGGUGGCCCGUGCAGUUAGGCUCUUUGCCCCGAAGUUAGGCCAGUUAGAUGACAACUAUGAGUACUGUGUGAAGAUUAUACGUUGGUUGGAAUGUUCUGGCCUCAUUGAGAAGGAUUUCAGGAUGAAAUUUCUAACCUGGUUCAGUUUGAGAUCGACAGAACAGGAACGGAGAGUUGUUAUCACCUUCAUCCGCACCCUAAUCGAUGAACCCAGUAGUUUGGCUGCGCAGCUUUUGGAUUCCUUUGAAGAAAUUGUUACCAGUAAGAGGCUAAGAACUGGUUUCUGUACUAAGUUGUGGCACUAACCAGAUAGAGCAUGAAACAGCUAUCUAAUAAUACUCUAGUAUUCUUACAUUGGCAAGAUUAACUGGGAUGACGGUGUAGUAAGUACUUCUAUAUGUUUUCUGAUAAAUGUAGUUAAACAGAUGUUGCUGAGCUUGGGUAUUUGCCAUGAUGAUAAUAUUCUUACAUGGGCAAAAAUUAACUGGGCUGUAGUGUAAUGGUGCUUUUUAUUUGUUUUCUGAUAAUGUAGUUGUCUGAUAUUGUUGUGGCUUGGAUAUUUGCCAUGAUGAUGUAUUCUUAUAUGUGAAAAAUUAACUGGGAUGACAGUGUAAUGCUACUUCCAUUUGUUUUUAUGAUAAACGGUUUUGAUCUGA